AUGGAUAUGUUUGGAUAUGGCUUUGUAGGAGACACAGAACUGACGGAGGAGGUGUUUGGAGUUAGACAAAGGGCGCUAAAGUCCCCCAUUGCCACUGAGAAUCCACUCUCUCGUCAAUAUGGAUUAGCCGAUUAUAAAGGAAUAAUUGGAACAGCUGCAAGUACGGCUUCUUUCAUUCUCCUUCUAUCUCCAUCGAUUCUCUGUUUGAAAAUAUGGAAGAACAAAUCUUCAAAGAAUGUUCCAUUCCCUCCACUAAUGGAAGCAAUGGCCAGGAGUAUCCUCAUGUUUCAGCAGGGACUUGUCAUGGGGGUUUGGCCAAUCGUUGUCACUCACUCCAUUGGUCUACUGCUCAACCUGUGUUAUUUAACAAUAUACCUCACCUUCACCAAAGAUAAGGGUGAAUCUGAUUGA